UCCGAAUCUGUCACUGUUAGCAAUUUGGGAGCCCAACUGAACACUUUCUUGGCGUACAUUUCUCAAUCUCGAGAAGAAGGUGGAAGGUCACUGCCCAAGGCUAGGAUAGGGACCGCUUGCCAGUCUAUACUACUUUGUCGAUCAACAAGUCUUCGUUCAAUCUCCAAUGGCUUUGGCUCGGGAUGUGCGGGCGAGGAAGCAUCAAAAUCAAUACAAAGAACAGCCUACAAGAACACAGUAACUUGUGUCGGGAAUAUAAAAAUAUCUCAACAGCAAGACACCACCAUCUCGCGGACAAUGCAGCAAGCAGCAGAUUUGGCCUCCUCAGUACUUGAGAUAGCAUCUGACAUGGAUGCCCUGUGCCAGUCUGCCAUGAAUAUAUGUUGCUCACGUGAGCUCAGCUGCUCUUUCGCCUCAUUAACAGGACACAACGCAGUGCAGAUGCUCGACCUAUUUUUUCAACUUGUCAGUGGUCGAGUGCUCCUCGACCGAUAUGAUCUGAGAGUUCAUCAGAGAUGCUGCAGGCUUUUGCGAGAGCUUGCUUGCAACAGCAAUAUCUUGCCACGUAACUUUCUGAUCACAUCAGAGGACCAUGAAGACCAGGUGUUCAAUGAAGGAGGAAAUGCUAGGAUCUAUCGUGCACGAUAUAACGGCACCGAUGUUGUUCUCAAGGUCCUGCGCUUCUGGGUCGAUGACUUCCGUGAAAAUCCAGGAUUACUUAUGAAGCGCUUUUGCCAGGAGGCCUUUCUGUGGUGCACUGCUCAUCACAAAAAUAUCCUUCCUGUCCUUGGGAUAGAUCAAGUAUCCUUCUCACCACAUCUUAGCAUUGUUUUGCCUUAUAGAUCUCAUGGCUCCAUAAUGAAAUUCCGGGAACAAACCGGUCCUGAAGCAUUGGAUUGCGAACGCCUUCUCACUGAAGUCGCUGAAGGAUUGACAUACCUGCAUGAUACUGGCAUUGUCCAUGGUGAUCUAUAUGGAUCCAACGUGCUUAUUGAUAAUGAGUACCACGCUCAGAUCGCAGACUUUGGCCUUGCUGCUUUGAGUGUCAUUACCAGAUCAGCUCCGAGGUCGGGAAGUGGUAUUCCUGGACAUAAAGCUCCUGAACUUCUGGCAUGCGGUGAUGUGGAUGAUGAGGAUAUGUGCGUCUCGAAGGCCUCAGAUGUCUACGCUUUUGCGUGCCUUUGUUACGAGGUCUAUCGAGGUAAAGGUCCUUUUUCGGGCACUGCGUUUGGCGCUCUCCUAAUCCAACUGGAGAAGAAAGUGCGACCUGCGCGUCCUAUGCAUGGCACCUUGGACGGUGUGAUCUCGUUAGAUGUGCCGGAUCGAGUUUGGUCUUGGGUUGAGAAGUGCUGGGCACAAGACAAACAUGACAGACCCACGAUGGCAGCUGUUGCUUUAGCCAUGCGUGAACGGCGCGGUGUUUAGAUCGAAUUGUGAAAUAGGCGCUCGUUGCUCGCAGUCGGGUUUUUUUGGCUUCUUUCCCGUUGACACAGCUACAAAAAUAAACGACCAUAAUUGAUUGAUUGAUGUUCU